AUGAAUGAAUCUGAAGUUGGCCAGACCAAACUUCAUGGUGAUGAGUGGUACCUGUGCAGGUUGACUCUGAGCAUGCCCAGUCAGGCCGACCUGCAGUGGACGAUGUUUCCUUCGCCUUACCUGAGUGCCGUCGGUCCAGACGCCACACCUGGCUCUAUAGUGUACCGCUUGUCGGCACGGCAACGAGAUGGGACGCUGGGACAGAUGCAGUUUAUGCUUCUGGAUGGUGGCGAGGAGUGCUUCGAGGUGGAUCAUCGCUCCGGUGAGAUCAAGACUACGGGGCGACCUCUGACCCCCAGUAAGGAGUACCUGGUGAGGGUGCAGGCGGUAGACGGGCGCGGCUACAAAGGCCUUCCCGCCAUAGUAGCCAUCCUGGCGGGCUACCGGCCGCCACAGUUCACCAACGCCACCUACAGCCUGAGCGUGCUGGAGAACACGCCCGUCAGUCAGCCUGUUUCGUUGGUCCAGGCCGUCUCCUUCCAGAAGAAGACUCUGUCCUACAUGCUGCUGGUGAAUCCCGGGAAUCUGUUCAGCAUCAACCAGGAGAGCGGCGCCCUCAGCCUCACCCGGACCGUCGACUACGAGAGCGGACACAACCUGCACAUGCUGCAGGUCCGAGCCUCCGAGACCGACACCGGCCUCAGCAGCGUGGCCGAGGUCGUCGUCCAUAUUACAGAUGAGAACGACUGCACACCUGAGUUCCUUCACUCCAUUUAUACCAGAGACAGCGUACCUGAGAGCAUCGCACCUGGAACCUCCCUGCUGCAAGUUCUGGCCCGUGACUGUGACUCCGCUGUGAACUCGGAGCUCUCCUACUUCGUCCACGGCAGCGACUUCGACAUCACGUCGGGGGGCGUCGUCAGCCCCGCCCGUCGCCUUGACUACGAGCGGCCCAAUCACGUCUACGAGUUCGUGGUGGUCGCCGUGGACGCGGGAACGCCCCCUCGCACGGGCACCGCCUCCGUCCGCAUCCGGGUAGCCAAUAGCAACGAUGAGUCGCCCGUCUUCUCCCAGAGCGUUUAUAAGACGUUCCUCAGUGAAGACGCCGGUCCAGAAACGCUGGUCGCCAUCGUCCACGCCAACGACCCGGACGGAGAUGCCGUCUCCUACGCCAUCACCGGGGGCAACGAGGACAGCAACUUCCUGCUGGACAACCAGAAAGGCAUCAUUAAGCUCCGACGGAGUCCACCUCCCAGACUGAAGGGACCAAAGUACGUCCUGAACAUCACGGCCACAGACGAUAACGCGUCCGGCGGUCCGUUUCCUCUCAGCAGCUCCGCCCAGGUCAUCGUAGGAAUCAACGACAUCAACAACAACAAGCCUGUCUUCCAGGAGUGUCAGAACUACAGUCUGAACGCGGCGGUGUUGGAGAACCAGCCGCCGGGCUCGUUCGUGCUGCGCGUCCAAGCCCACGACGACGACAUGGGCGUCAACGGAGACGUCAAGUACGGCAUCAUGCACAGAGACGGGGUGUCGUCCGGGUUCGACAUCGAUCCCGACACAGGUGUGAUCACCACGGCGGUGAGUUUCGACCGGGAGCGUCAGCGGGAGUUCACGCUGUCGGUGACGGCCACCGAUCAGGCCGAGGAGCCGCUGAUCGGAAUCUGUCAGAUCACCGUCGUCAUCGCCGACCAGAACGACAACGACCCCAAGUUUGAAAACAGCCGCUACCAGUACUUCUUGCGUGAGGACACUCCGGUGGGAACCAGUUUCUUGCGAGCGGCAGCGCACGACGACGACCAGGGGAGCAACUCUGCCAUCGCCUACUCACUGUCCAAUCAGAAGCCGGCUUACCUGCACAUCAACCCCAGCACUGGUUGGAUUUAUGUCAACCACCCGAUCUCACAGACGUCCAGGAUCAACCAGCAGAUCGUGGCGUCCGACGGAGGGAACCGCAGCAGCUCGGUGGAGUUAACCGUCAUCAUCACCAAUGUCCACAACCAGCCGCCGCAAUGGGAGCAGUCCGAGUACUGGGUCACCGUGCCCGAAAACACCGUCCGAGAUGCCAAAAUAGUGACCAUAAAGGCCACCUCUCCGCUCGGUGACCCCCGUGUGACCUAUAACCUGGAGGACGGUCAGGUGCCGGAGACCAACAUGCCGGUUCGGUUCUACAUCAAACCGAACCGCGCCGACGGCUCUGCCUCCAUCCUGGUGGCCGAGAACCUCGACUACGAGACAACGCUGUUCACGCUCAGGGUGCGAGUGCAGAUCGCCGCCGUGCCGCUCGCCUCCUUCACCACCGUCUACGUCAACGUGACAGGUGAGACGACCGAGAACACGGCCUACGUCAGGAUCUUCGUCACCGACGUCAACGACAACGCCCCGGCGUUCGCCCGGCCGGUGUACGAGGUGAGCGUGGAGGAAGACAAGGAGGUCGGCUUCGUGCUCAUCACCGUCACCGCCAACGACGAGGACGAAGGUGCUAACGCCAAGCUGCGCUACCAGAUCACGGCAGGAAACAACAUGGGCACCUUCGACGUGGAGCCCGAGGUGGGAACCAUCUUCGUGGCUCAGCCGCUGGACUACGAGAUGGAGCAGCGCUACGAGCUCCGGCUGGUCGCCUCCGACGGGAAGUGGGAGAACGAGACGCUGGUGGUGGUUCAGGUGGUGAACCGUAACGACGAGGCGCCCGUCUUCACUCAGAGCGAGUACCACGCUGCCGUGACCGAGGAGCUCACAGAGCUGCCGGUUUUCAUCCUGGAGGUUUCAGCCACCGAUCCAGACCAGGAAGCAGACCAGACCGCCCUCCGCUACUCGCUCCACGGACAGGGUGCCGGCGGUGAGUUUACCAUCAAUGAACGCACCGGGAGAAUUUACUCCCAGCGACGCCUGGACCGAGAGGAGCGGCCGGCCUGGAGAUUCCUCGUCCUCGCCACAGAUGAAGGAGGAGCGGGACUCACAGGCUUUGCCGAUGUUCUAUUAGAGGUGCGAGACGUGAACGAUAAUGCGCCUUUCUUCCCGUGCCCGGCGCUGGAAGUAGACGGCUGCUUUGUCGGCCAAGUACCUGAAAAUUCCCCCGCCGACACCUCAGUCAUGGAGAUGCGUGCCAUGGACCUGGACGACCCCAACGAGGGCAAUAACGCCAUGUUGACCUACAGCAUCAUCAAGAACGUCCGCAAUGAGAUCAACCUCAACCUGUUCUCCAUCAACGCCACCACGGGGACCAUCUACACGGUGCUGCGCUCGCUGGACCGUGAGGUGGAAGAGCGGUAUCUGGUGGUGGUGGAGGCUAGGGAUGGAGGCGGUUUGGCAGGGACGGGGACCGCCACCAUCAUGGUUUCAGAUGUCAACGACCAUCCACCCGUCUUCACUCAGAGGGUCUACACCACUCAGGUAACAGAGGACCUGGAGGUGAACAGCGAGGUUCUCGUAGUUUCUGCCACAGAUGGAGACCAGGACGAGAACGCUGUGGUGACCUUUAGCAUUGUCGGGGGAGACGAAGAUAGGAAGUUCCUCGUGGAGACGGACAAGGUGAACCGGCGUGGCGUCAUCAAACUGAAGAAGAAGGUCGACUUCGAGAAGCCCCACGAGAGGACUUUCAAUCUGACUCUGAAGGCCGAGGACGCCGACUUCUUCAGCCUGGCCUACUGUCUGGUUCAGGUGGAGGACGCCAAUGACCACGCCCCCGUCUUCUUCCCGCAGUUUUACGAGUCGCCGGCCAUGUCCGAAGACGUUCCCGUGGGGACGAUCGUUACUCAGGUCACAGCUUCGGAUCUAGACUCGGGCCAGAAUGGACGAUUUUCCUACAGCAUCUCCAAAGAGUCCGACCCCUACAGUCAGUUCCUGGUGGAUCAGUCCGGUUGGGUGGUCGUAGCGGAUUCUCUGGACAGGGAGAAGAUCUCGCAACACAGGAUCAUGGUCCUGGCUACAGAUACUGGGACUCCUUCCCUGACUGGCACCGCCAUCGUCGUGGUAACUGUACUGGACAUUAACGACAACGGCCCGGAGUUCGAGGUCCCCUAUAAGCCCGUUGUCUGGGAGAACACGCCGGCCCCGCAGGCUGUGCGAAUGAACGACACCUCCCUGCUGCUCCACGCAACCGACCGCGACACCUCCACUAACGGCGGACCGUUCUCCAUCCGGCUCCUCAUGCUUACCUCGGACGCCACCAACUUCAACUUGACGGACUUUCGGAACGGCAGCGCAGCGGUCACGGCUCUGCGGACCUUCGACCGCGAGCGGCAGAAGGAGUACCGCCUCCCGAUUCUCAUGAUUGACAGCGGCUCUCCUCCAAUGAGCUCCACCAGCACACUGACGGUCGUCAUCGGCGACAGGAACGACCACCCACACUCGCCAGGACACACCCACUUCAUCGUCUACAGCUAUGAUGGUAUUCUCCCGACAACGGCGCUCGGACGAGUUCAAUCCCCAGACCUCGAUGACUGGAGCGAGAAGGUGUACCGAUUCGAAGGCAAAGCAUCCAGGUUGUUCAGUCUGAACCAGAGUUCGGGUCAGCUCAGUAUCAGAGAGGGAACUCCUCCCGGCUCGUACUUCCUGCAGGUGCGCGUAUCAGACAGCAGCUGGCCGGACGUCACCUCUACGGCUCAGGUCGACGUCACGGAGCUGAAACAGGAAGCUCUGAGGAACGCCGCCUCCCUCCGCCUGUCCAACCUGACAGUGGAGGAGUUCUUCAGCAGUAGCGGAGGUGAGGAGAGUCGUUUCUCUCGUUUGGGCCGAACGUUGGCCGAACUCCUGCAGACGCUGCCGGAAAACGUGCAGAUCUUCUCUGUGAGCGACGCCGGCCGCCGCGGAGAGAAAGAGCUCAACGUCUGGUUCGCUGCUCGCGGCUCAACGUACUACAAAGCAGAGAAGCUGCACGGAUACGCAGCGGCAAAUAAAGCAAAGCUGGAGGCGACGUUAGGAGUUUCCAUCUCUCAGGUCGGAGUUGACGACUGUUUCUACACCGACUGCAGUCAGUCUGGCGGCUGCAGCAGCAAAGUUUCAUUCAGCCAAUCACCGACGGCUCUGAGCACCGGUAACGUCUCUCUGGUGUCGUUGUCGCCCUCGACGACGGCGCUCUGUGGCUGCAGGAGCAGAGAGAAGACUCACCUGCCCUGCUCUGCUUACUCCACUAACCCCUGCUUCAACGGGGGGAGCUGCCAGGACGGACCUCUCUGGUUCAGAUGUGAAUGUCCUCCCAUGUUCGACGGGCCCGAGUAGCAGACCAAACACAGCUUCGGUGGCGAGGGUUGCUGGUUUCCUCCCAUCAUGCCUUGCUUCCAGAGCCACAUCUCUCUGCAGUUCCUGCGGAGCGGCAACGGGCUUCUCCUCUACGACGGGCCGCUCGGACCCGCUCACCCCGGAGAACAGGAGGACUUCAUCGCUAUAGAGUUGAGGAACGGUGUUCCAGCUCUGAGUAUAAAUCACGGAUCAGGAACGUUGACUCUGCAGCUUCCGCCUAAAUCCACCGUCACAGACCGGCGCUGGCAUCGCCUCGACAUCAUCAGUGAUGGAAAGGCCGUCCAGCUGAUCCUGGAUCAGUGUGGGGGAACGAUGGUGAACGAACAGGAAGGAGUCGGUGUUGACGUUCAGGAAACAGACGACUCGGCUGGAGCUUCAGGAGAAACGCCCGGAAACCAGAGGUAUCUGAAUGUCUUCCAGCCUCUUCAGUUGGGAGGAGUGAAAGAAACGUCUCCUCACCGACGUUACCGUAGUUUCACCGGCUGCAUCCGAAAUCUGGUGGUGGACAGUCAGGUGUAUGACCUGGCGUCUCCAGGUGAGAGCGUGGACAGCUCUCCUGGCUGCAGACUAACAGACGGUGUGUGUGUGACGGCGGCCGGUCCUUCCUGCGGCGUUCACUCGUCCUGCCUCGCUGAGUGAUCCUUCAGCUGCGAGUGUCACCCAGGAUACACGGGACACAAGUGUGACAGGGCCACUCCGGAGUUCUCCUUCGACUCGGGCAGCGUGGUCCGUUUCCAGCUCAGAGGAGGCGGAAGCUCUCGCCGCACGAACAUCCAGCUGCUCCUCAGAACCAGAGCCGCAUCGGGAACCUUGCUCUCCGUCACGUCCCGGGAAGCCAACGAGUUCAUCGUCCUGGAGAUCUCGGACGGUCUCCUCUCCGUUCGUUCCAACCUCGGCGACGGCGCUCACGCUCUGCAGCUCGCCGGCCAGCGGGUCGACGUCGGGCAGUGGGUCAUGGUCAGCCUCGGUCGCCAUGACAACCUGUUCACCCUGCGGCUGGAGAGAGGUGGGGGGUCGCGGGAGGCCGAGGCUCGACUGGGGAACCGGAGGGAGAUGGUGGUUCACCCGGCGAGCGUGAUGGUCGGGAACGGAGCCGACGCUGGAGAUAAGGCGGACUUUCAGGGCUGCCUGCGGGACGUUCGUUUUAACGGUCAGGUUCUUCCUCUGGACGGACAGAGCCGGGACUUGGUGACGGUGCUGGAGAGGCGCGGCGUCACCUCAGGGUGCUCCAGUGACGCCUGCGGAGCCCAAACCUGCCGAAGCCCGCUGCGCUGCAUCGACCUGUGGAGGAAACACCAGUGCAGGUGUCCCGGUGGUCAGGUGACAGUGACGGAUGAUGCAGGUGAGCAGCGCUGCAUGCCGUCUCCCUGCGGUUCGUCCUCCUGCCGUAACGGCGGCGUGUGCCAGGCGCUGUCACCGGACAGCUACCGAUGCCGCUGUCAGGAAGGAUUCAGGGGUCAACGCUGCGAGCUGGGCCAGGUCAAAGGUCACCGGCUGGCCGCUCUCAGCCCGAGCUCCAUCCUGGCCAUCAGCAUGUGUCUGCUCGUCUUCUUUGCGGUGCUGGUGGCGGUGACGGUGUGGAACCAGAAAGGAAGCCGUAACAAGUUCAGGAAGCGAGGAGUUUACCACAUUCCUGCUGAGCACGAGAGCUGGGAGGACAUCAGAGAAAACAUCCUCAACUACAACGAGGAGGGAGGAGGGGAGCAGGACCAGAACGGCUAUGACAUCACAGAGCUGAAGCGUCCUCUGUGCUCCAGUCUGUCUCAGUCCUCGUCCUGCACCACCGCUCCGCUCAUCAAAUCCUCCCCCGGCUCCCAGGAGGAGGUGCACCCGUCCGGCUCCUCCUGCAGCUCCGGCGCUCCUUACCUCAGCAUCCCGCAUCAUCAUCACCAUAGCAACCACCAUCAGCAGCAUCAUCAGCACGCCAACGCCAACAACAACUACUCCGGUGAUGCAACCUACUCCAACUACGCCCCUCAUCUCAGCAGGGACAUGGAGGCGAGUGAUGUAGGAGGUUAUGGGGACGCCGCCGCCUCCGCAACGCCGGGGUCUCGCUCCCACGUUGACUUUAAAAGCUACGUCUCUCGCAUCAUCUGGGAGGCGGACAACGACAGAGAGGCUUUCCCGCUGGACGCCUACCACGUGUGGUGCGUGGAGGGAUCGGGGUCGGCGGCAGGAAGCCUCAGCUCGCUGGGGUCGGUCGCCCGCCGCCGAAACCAUGAAGAGGAGGAGGAGGAGGAAGAGGAGGAGGAGGAGGGGGAUGAUGAUGAAGGGGGGUUCGGUUAUGACAGGCUGUCUCAGUGGGGGCCGAAAUUCCAGACGCUGAGUGAGAUGUACGACCGGCCGCAGCUGGCGCUCAGCUACAGGGAGGCGGUGGCUUAUAUACAGAGGAGCCAAGAACCGCUGCCACACCACCACUAG